CAUUAGCUGAAUUUGGCAAAUGACUUACAUGACCCACUUUGUGUAAUCAAUAGCUACUGUGCUACUGGAGUGUCCCAAGGAGUAUGCUUUGACACUGGCUGUCACUCUUCAGAUGACCAAACAAACAUCUGCCACCUUCAGCUGUGGAGGAAUCUGACCUCUCCUGUCCUCUUGUUUCCUUGUGGAAAAGGCUGGCUGGCUCAGAAAGCAUCAGCUGCCAGUGAGGGAGCAGCUGCCCAGAAUAGCAAGCAGCCCUGGGGUAGCUCCAGGUAACUUGUGCUGAAGAGAUGGGUGUCAGAGGUGCCUGAGAAGGGCUGGAGGGGAGCACCAAUGGCCUUACAGCAGGUAUGGGAUGAGCAGAGCCAGAGGCUUUGUGUUGUCAGCACCCUCUGUGGCUGCUGGGGACAAGUGGGGUGGAGGGCACGUUUCCCUUUGCUGUCACUGGCUCAGCCGCACAGACAUUCCGCCUGUGCCUCUGGGAUGCCCUGAGCAGGAGGGCAGCUUGCCUGGGCUUCCAAACCUCCACCAUGGUGUCCCUGCUUAGCUUUACCAGAACCCAGGGCUUCUCCCCGCAGAGCAGAUUCUACGUGCCCUGAUGUGCCAGGGAGGCCAAACAAGUGGGCCUGAGACUCCAGCCUGAGCAGGGGCUGUGCUGGAGCGGCCGUGGGCAGGGCUGAGGGCUCCUGGCUGCUCAGGGCUACUGAAGGCCAUUAGUGCCUGAGGCAGGCUGGGAGCUGCACAGCUCCUCUCUCCGUGCCAGCAGGGAUGGCCCUUGGCCUCCUUCCCCAGAGCUCAGGGACAGGCAGCACACCCCUGGAGCGUCACCUCUGCAGCCAGAGGUGCCGGAGCCGCCGCUCCUUCCCCCCGUGAGUCAGGGGAGGGCACGUGAGGGCCCGGCCCUGGGGCCUUCCCCCGGCACCGGCACAAGGCAGGGCCGGGCUGGGAGCCGGCCCAGGAUACAGAACCGGCCCAGGAUCCAGAGCCGCCGCGCAGCCUUGCAGAGCUUUGCAGCAACCACGGAGAGGCACACGGCGUGAAGGAGAAACACAAAGCAGCUACAUUUGACAACAGGAAGGGUAGCAGAAUUAUUACCACAGCCAGAGAAGACUGGAGCAGGAAGGGUUUCAAACUCCGCUGGCGUGGAUCAGUUUUUGUUGUCUCACAGGAAGAAACUCAGCUUUCACCACGGCCCCAGCCUGCCAGGAUAUCUUCCUGUAGAACCAACUGCUAGGACCAACCUAAGACUUGCAGGCACAGCAAUGGAGAAUUUGGAUGUCCUGAUCUCAGAUCUUACUGAAGAACAGCGAGACAUUUUUCAGAGAGUAUUUGCUGCUGAUGCUAAGUACUUGGAGAAUCAUGAGAAGAUGAACCAAUCCUUCUGGGAAUCACUUGUAAAAUGCUUGGCCACUACUGACCCACCUAUCCUGAAUACUGAAGAAAAGAACAAUCUCCUUAACAGCUGUGAUGUCCUUCCUGGAGGCUGUGCUGCCUGCCUGAAAGCCAUAGAAAAAAAAGGAGUCAGGGCAAUGGCUCUUCUUUACCUUUUGCUGAAGACUUCCAACCCAUCUGGGUACAAGCAGCUGCCCAGCUCCAAGGGAAAGGAUGAAAAAUUCAAACUCCUGAAGAGAUUGGAAAAGGAUUUUGUAUAUUCAGAAGAGGAUAAAAAGUCUGAAAACUCAUCCCAUGUGUCCAUGGAUGAAGAUACACAAGACAGUGAUGAAGAAGAUUUAGGAAGACAGAAGACUGAAGGCCAGUCACUUGGAGGAAUACCAGCAGAGGUGGUUCCCUACAGAGAUUCAGAGAUUGCCAGAAGAGAAGAUUCAGAUGCAGAUGCAUAUGAGAAGGAGAGCACUCACCCCCCUCAGUGGACAGUACGGUGGAUGGGCAUACGGAAAGAUGAUGAAUUCUUUCAUUUUGUCAUUCUUUGCUUUGCAAUUGGAGCUUUACUAGUUUGCUACUACUACCACAAAGAUUGGACUAUUUCUCUUGGGAUUGGUUUAAUCACCUUUGCUUCCCUGGAAACCACUGGGAUAUACUUUGGUCUAGUGUACCGAAUUCGGAGUGUCCUUGACAGCUUUGUUCCUCUGAUUGACAGAUUCAGGCUGAGAGGCAUUAGAAAAGCUGCCUAGGAGGAGUGUUUCAGCAGAGUUCCCAAAACCUGGCUGUCCAGAUUUCCAGUACUAAAGGAACUGCUUUAUGAGGUGAACCUAACAACCAAACGGCCAAUGUGAAAUAGUGAAACCUCUGAAAAACAUCACUUCUUUCCCUCCAAAAUAAACCUGAAACUGGGGUACAGGGCCCCAGUCUGUAUUCCCAAGCGGUUUGGGGCUCUGCAGAGCUUGGAAGACAAUGGAGAUGUAGCUUUGUGUUCAAUCCCAUUUAAAUAUAAACACAUUCACCUUCCCUCCCGCAGGCAGCCAUGUGGUGGUGCAUCUCUCAUUCCUAACAAAUCACACCACUCUGCCUGUGGUGUACCAAAAUCAACACACUAAUAUCCUGUGCUGGUUAUGGCUUAAGCUCUGGCUGUUUCUGUAGGAAUUUUGGCCUCCUCCUCCCCCCGGGUGCUGCCCAGAGCAGGCAGAGGCCGGCGCUGCUCUCCCGGCUGAGCCCCGGCAGUGCCGGCACUGGGGCUGAUGAAUUGAUUGUGGCAGAACUCAGAGCAGGGGGCGGGCAGUGGUUUCACGCGAGGAGAGACGGGGAGAUGUUACAGGCACUGACAGAGUGCAACAGUAAUGAGAUUAUUAACAACAGCAGAUUUCAUCUUUUCUCAGGGGAAAAACAAAGUGCUUGAUUUGACGCAUCCCCCAACCUUUCUCUUUCUUUGAGUAAAAUAAACAUGGAACUUUGACAUGGGUUUCAUUUUAUAGGAUAUGUUACGCAGUGUGAGAAUGUAGGGCUACUGCAAUCAUAGGAAGACUGCAACAAAAGGGGGUAUCUUUAAAUUUUCAGUAAAAAUGUAAAGUCUUCAUACCCACAGAAUGAUGAAGGUAACCAGCUGAACAGAAAAAGUCUUAAACAUGGACUUUUAAGGAAAUGUAAAUCUGAAAGCUGUAAACCCAAACAGCUGAGUUUGACAGGAACAAUUUCAAGCCUUGCUCAGGAAAAUAGAAAGGCUACUUUUUGUUGUAUGUAAUUUGAAGCACCAGUGUCAGUCCCUCUUGCCUGCAGUUCCAGCUGCACUGCCAGAAACACCAACAGUUGCACUCAGGCCUGCACCAACGCAGCACAGCUUCCACCCAAUGCCUCAAGGACUAAAUUGUGCAAGGAGGAUGAAUACAAGUUAUUUAGUAGUAUUUAUAUUCUCAUGUACAUACAUCUGUAGAAAUAUUCCACCAUCCCAAACUACUACUGUGUUAGUCUGCAAAUAAAGUCUUCUUACUCAGACCACUGUAGCCAUGGUGGCAAAUGGCUUUUGGGGUGAACUGAAAACUACGCAGAGUCACUCUGCUCUGAUGAAAUGGGCUUUUUUAGUGUCCUCUGCCGUCUAAUGUCUUUCCAAAAGGCUAUUUGUGGAACAGUCAAAAUGAGAAACACAUUUCAAUACUUAAUGUUGUAAAUUUGGUACUCUGAAGUAAACAUAAAUUUUUAAUUUUAACAGAAACUGCUUAAGGGUAAAAUAAGCAAAGCAUUUAAAAACAGCAAACCAUUUAAAAAGUCACUACGUGCAUCCCACCAUGCAAGAUGAACAGCUCAGCCACUUAGAGCAGGUCUCAUGAGAAAAGUCAGUUCUCAAAAAAAAAAAAAAAAAAAUUAAGCAACUUACACAUUGAGCUGCAUCCUCUUGCGUACCUGGGAAUUUCCUGCUCUUCUUCCAGAUCCUUUAGUCCUCAGCAUCACCCUUGCUGCAGCAUCAGCCAAGCACUCAAAACUACACGUUCCUGUGAAGAAUUUCAGCUUCCUUCACUUGUGCUGUCUGCACUACCAUUCAGUAUGUUCUACCUGAGCCCAGGGCUCUGUGGGGCCUCACCUUCCCAUUGGUUCCGCAGGAUCUGGAACAUCUCAUUCCACUUGAGCAUCACCAGCACACUGGGUACUCCAUCCUUGCCUUUGUUUUUAAAUGACUGGGGGCAAUGCAAAGAGGAGGGACUCUCAACAUGCAGGUAUUGCCCCACAGCACCAAACCCCAGAGAAAAGAAGGGAUUAAACCUCAGAAGGUUUUUUAAGCUGGUAUUUUUAUUAGAACUCUCUACAUAAAGCACCUUUGCCUGCCUUAACCUCUCCGAACGCAGC